AGACGCACACGCGCACCGCGCGCGCUUCUGUUCCGCUGCUGGUCAAACUGGUUACUAGGGGAGCAGCACUACUAACUUAGUCGUGUCGGAAAUUAUGGGAUGGAUUGCCAUGGCAACAGACCAGACGUCACAAUCUGGGCAUGUGUGUUCCAUUUUUGUCUCUUUCUUGUUUCCAGUCCGGGGGAUCUGGAGAGAGGACGAGAGGAGAGGAGAGAGGCAGGUUUUUCUGCGAGCCUCCGAGACGGGGCAGCCAUCUUUCGGCGGACUGUUAAAUAAGAUCCUCACCUUCACGGGACCCGCGAGCCCUUCAAAGGCGUCGCGAUAUAUCGGCGCUCGUGGGGGGUUAAAGUCGCGGGACUUUGCACUGCUGGCUCGGAUGUGAUUUUUUUGUUGUUGUUAUGCAGUAAAGAUGCCCGGGUCACUGAGCAAUGAAGAAGAGGGCCAAGACGAUCUGGAUUUCGAAGACGACAUGCCAGACGAGGACGAGGACGCCGAGCGUGAUGGCGUGCUCCUCUCGCCCCUGGAGCGGUUCUUCUCCGACGACGACGCCGUCAAGCAGAAGAAGAAGAAACCCGGCAGGGCGAAGGAAGGCAAGAUGGCCAGGGUGAGGAAGAGCAAGAAGAGAGAGGGCGGCGGCGGAGGCGAGCGCGAGGACGUGUCGGACGGGGAGGAGCGGAGGAGGCGCUCCGAGAGCGAGAGCAGCAGCAGCGGCACGCCGAAGAAGAAGAAGAAGAAACCCAAAGAGAAGAAGGAGAAGAAAACCAAGUGGAGGAAGAAAGAAGACGAGGAGGACGAGGAGGACGAGGAGGACGGGAAUGCGAAGGAACCCAAGUCGUCCGGCCAGCUGAUGGAGGAGUGGGGCUUGGAGGACGUGCAGUAUGCCUUCUCGGAGGACGACUACAGGACCAUCACCAACUACAAGGCCUUCAGCCAGUUUCUCAGGCCCCUCAUUGCCAAGAAGAACCCCAAGAUCCCCAUGUCCAAGAUGAUGACCGUGCUGGGGGCCAAAUGGCGCGAGUUCAGCGCCAACAACCCAUUCAAGGGCACGUCCGCCACGGCCGUGGCUGCCGCCGUGGCCGCCGCCGUGGAAACCGUCAAUGUGGCCCCUCCCAUCUCAGUUAGCGGCAUCCAGCAGGUCUCCCCAGCAGGGCCGAUCAAAAAAGCCAAAACCAAAGAGGGCAAGGGGCCUGGUGCUAAGAAGAAGACCAAGCAGCCCAAGGACACCAAGAAAAAAGCAAAGACCAAGAAGCCGAAAUCCAAGUCAGGCCAGGGCGGCAAAAGGAAAAAGGCAUCCUCGAGCGAGGAGGACUUCCUGGAUGACUUCUCUGAUUUUGAUGAUGUCAGCAUCCACAGUGCCUCCGUCCGUUCCGACGCUUCAGGGGCACCCAAGAAGAAAACCAGACGAGGCCGCAAAAAAAGGAAAAGAGAAGACAUGGACGGCUAUGAGACAGACCAUCAGGACUACUGCGAGGUCUGUCAGCAGGGCGGGGAGAUCAUCCUGUGUGACACCUGCCCCAGAGCCUACCACCUGGUGUGCCUCGACCCAGAGCUGGAGAAGGCUCCUGAGGGCAAAUGGAGUUGCCCCCACUGCGAGAAGGAGGGCAUCCAGUGGGAGGCCAAGGAUGACGAGGAAGAGGAGGAGGAUGAUGCGGGCGAAGAGGAGGACGACCACAUGGAGUUCUGCCGCGUGUGCAAGGACGGUGGCGAGCUUCUGUGCUGCGACGCUUGCCCCUCCUCCUACCACAUCCACUGCCUGAACCCGCCGCUGGCAGACAUCCCCAACGGCGAGUGGCUCUGCCCCCGCUGCAUGUGCCCUCCUCUUAAAGGGAAAGUGCAGAAGAUUUUGCACUGGAUGUGGGGGGAUCCGCCCUUACCCCCGGAGGCCCCGCCCCCCCACGACGGAGAGAAGGCGGAGGGCGUGGCCAAACCCCCGCUCAAGGGCCGACCGGAGAGGCUGCUGUUUGUCAAGUGGGCCGGCCUGUCCUACUGGCACUGUUCCUGGGUGAACGAGUUACAGCUGGAGCUCUACCACACGGUCAUGUACCGCAACUACCAGCGCAAGAACGACAUGGAGGAGCCACCGCCGUACGACUACGGCUCCGGCGAGGAGGAGCUCAACAACGAGAAGAGGAAGAGCAAAGAUCCGCAGUACGCCGCCAUGGAGGAGCGCUUCUACCGCUACGGCAUCAAGCCCGAGUGGCUCAUCAUACACAGGAUCCUCAACCACAGUUUUGAUAAGGAUGGAGACAUACAUUACCUGAUCAAAUGGAGAGAUCUCCCAUAUGACCAGUGCACCUGGGAGGUAGAAGACUUUGACAUCCCUGACUACGAGAACUUUAAACAAGCUUACUGGGACCACAGAGAGCAGACGCUCGGGGAGGACCAUCGCCCCCUGGUGGUGAGGAAAUCCAAGCGCCCCAAAGAGGAAGUGAAGAGGAGAGAGGCUCCUCUGGAAACGCCAGUGGUGGACCCCACGGUCAAGUUCGACCAGCAGCCUUGGUACAUCAGUGCCACAGGAGGCACUCUGCACCCCUACCAACUGGAGGGCCUGAACUGGCUGCGCUUCUCCUGGGCGCAGGGCACCGACACCAUCCUGGCGGACGAGAUGGGCCUGGGCAAGACCGUGCAGACCAUCGUCUUCCUCUACUCGCUCUACAAGGAGGGUCAUUCCAAGGGCCCGUUCCUGGUCAGCGCUCCUCUGUCCACCAUCAUCAAUUGGGAGAGGGAGUUCGAGAUGUGGGCGCCCGACUUCUACGUGGUCACCUACACUGGAGACAAGGAGAGUCGUGGUGUGAUACGGGAGAACGAGUUCACCUUCGAGGACAGCGCCGUCAAGCCUGGACGCAAGGUCUUCCGCAUGAAGAAAGACACGCCGGUGAAGUUCCACGUGCUGCUGACCUCCUACGAGCUGAUCACCAUCGACCAGGCCAUUCUGGGGUCCAUAAGCUGGGCGUGUUUGGUGGUAGACGAAGCCCACAGGCUCAAAAACAAUCAGUCUAAGUUUUUCCGGAUCCUGAACGGCUAUAAGAUCUAUUACAAACUGCUCCUGACCGGCACCCCCCUCCAGAACAACCUCGAGGAGUUAUUCCACCUACUUAACUUCCUCACGCCGGAGCGCUUCAAUAACCUGGAUGGCUUCCUCGAGGAGUUUGCAGACAUCUCGAAGGAGGACCAGAUCAAGAAGCUACACGACCUGCUGGGCCCGCACAUGCUGCGACGGCUAAAAGCCGACGUCUUCAAGAACAUGCCCGCCAAGACGGAGCUGAUCGUGCGGGUGGAGCUGAGUCCCAUGCAGAAGAAGUACUACAAGUUCAUCCUGACACGGAACUUUGAGGCGCUGAAUUCCAAGGGCGGAGGAAACCAGGUUUCUCUUCUCAACAUCAUGAUGGACCUGAAGAAGUGCUGCAAUCACCCUUACCUGUUCCCCGUGGCUGCUGUGGAAGCCCCGGUGUCGCCCAACGGCUCCUACGACGGCAACCUGCUGGUGAAGUCCUCCGGCAAGCUCACGCUGCUCCAGAAGAUGCUAAAGAAGCUGAAAGACGAAGGGCACAGAGUCCUCAUUUUCUCGCAGAUGACCAAGAUGCUGGACCUGUUGGAGGACUUUCUGGAGUACGAAGGCUACAAAUACGAGCGCAUCGACGGCGGCAUCACGGGGGGGCUGCGACAGGAAGCCAUCGAUCGCUUCAAUGCUCCGGGGGCCCAGCAGUUCUGCUUCCUGCUGUCUACGCGUGCGGGGGGCUUGGGAAUCAACCUGGCAACUGCCGAUACGGUUAUCAUCUAUGACUCCGACUGGAACCCACAUAAUGACAUUCAGGCCUUCAGCCGAGCGCAUCGCAUCGGGCAGAACAAGAAGGUGAUGAUCUAUCGCUUCGUGACGCGGGCGUCCGUGGAGGAGCGCAUCACGCAGGUGGCCAAGCGUAAGAUGAUGCUCACCCACCUGGUGGUGCGUCCAGGCCUGGGCUCCAAGACGGGCUCCAUGUCCAAGCAGGAGCUGGACGACAUCCUGAAAUUCGGCACGGAGGAGCUCUUCAAAGACGACGUAGAAGCCAUCGGAGACAGCAAGGACGGUGAGGAGGGCAGCGUGAUCCACUACGACGAUGACGCCAUUUCCAAGCUGCUGGACCGUAGCCAGGACGCCACGGAGGACACAGAGAUCCAGAACAUGAACGAGUACCUCAGCUCCUUUAAGGUGGCGCAGUACGUGGUGCGUGAGGAAGAUGGUGAGGAAGAGGUGCAGAGGGAGAUCAUUAAGCAGGAGGAGAACGUGGACCCAGACUACUGGGAGAAGCUGCUGCGCCACCACUACGAGCAGCAGCAGGAGGACCUGGCCCGCAACCUGGGCAAGGGAAAGAGGAUCCGCAAGCAGGUCAACUACAACGACACGUCGCAGGAGGACCAGGAGUGGCAAGAUGACCUUUCAGACAAUCAGUCCGAGUACUCAGUGGGGUCCGAGGAUGAGGAUGAAGAUUUCGAGGAGAGACCUGAAGGAGGGCGCCGGCAGUCUCGCAGACAGCUGAAGAGUGACCGGGAUAAACCGCUCCCACCACUGCUGGCCAGAGUAGGGGGCAACAUUGAGGUACUUGGCUUUAACGCACGGCAGAGGAAGGCCUUCCUGAAUGCCAUCAUGCGAUGGGGCAUGCCCCCGCAGGACGCGUUCAACUCCCACUGGCUCGUCAGGGACCUCAAAGGCAAAAGCGAGAAAGAGUUCAGGGCGUACGUAUCCCUGUUCAUGCGGCACCUGUGUGAACCCGGAGCGGACGGGGCUGAGACGUUUGCAGACGGCGUGCCGAGGGAGGGGCUGUCCCGACAGCACGUCCUCACCAGGAUUGGGGUCAUGUCUCUGGUUCGGAAAAAGGUGCAGGAGUUUGAGCAUGUGAAUGGGAAAUACAGCACUCCAGAUCUGAUUCCUGCUGGCUUAGAACUAAAGAAACUCACUGAAAGUCUGUCAUCAGACCCAAACACCCCUGUUCUAGCCAGUCCUGCCCCUACACAGCCGAGCACACCUGUUCCUUCAGCAGUGUCCGACUGGAGUUUGUGUCUGACAGACAAGACUGACUGUGGUCCUGGUCCCCAAGAAGACAAAGAGACUGCUGACCAGGACGGCGCCAAAGCAGUGGAUUCCGAGCCUUCCAAAGAGUCAGAGCCCUCCCCCACGCCGGAGACGACCAAUGAGAGUGAAGAACCAAAGAGAGCCAGCUCUGAGGAGAAGUCCAGCGAGGAAAGCGAGAAAAAAGACAACCCGCCCUCCCAGUUGGAGCCGUCGUCCAAUCAAACCCAGCCAUCAUCCAAAAAGACGGAACAGCCCGCCAAUCAGAUGACGCCGACAGGGGAGCAAAAUAAAGAUCCAGAGAACUCGCCUGAGAAAACAGAGAAUGACUCUGCUCCUCCGAAAGGAGAAGACAAAGAGCAAAAACCAGUCGUCACGUUCGGGGCUGCUGACCUCUUGGACGCCCCGCGCGUGUUGAUUUCUGCAGCGGCCACCCGCGAGGCGCAGUGCGAGGACCCUGCGGAGUCUCAGCUGAACGGAGAGAAGGAGGCCAGGGACGAGGUGGACGAGAGCGCCAAGGACGACAGGAGCACCAGCAAGGCGCGCUUUAUGUUCAACAUCGCCGAUGGGGGCUUCACGGAACUACACACUCUGUGGCAGAACGAAGAGCGGGUGGCCCUGUCAUCUGGAAAGAUGUACGACAUCUGGCACCGUCGCCAUGACUACUGGUUGCUGGCUGGCAUAGUAACACACGGCUACGCGCGCUGGCAGGACAUCCAGAAUGACCCGCGCUACGCCAUCCUCAAUGAGCCCUUCAAAACGGAGAUGAAUAAAGGGAACUACUUGGAGAUGAAGAACAAGUUCCUCGCUCGCCGUUUCAAACUGCUGGAGCAGGCGCUGGUGAUCGAGGAGCAGUUACGCAGGGCAGCCUACCUGAACAUGAGCCAGGACGCCAGCCACCCAGCUAUGGCCCUGCACAGCCGCUUCGCCGAGGUGGAGUGCCUGGCUGAGUCACACCAGCACCUGUCCAAAGAGUCGCUCGCCGGGAACAAGCCCGCCAACGCCGUCCUGCACAAAGUGCUGAACCAGCUGGAGGAGCUGUUGAGCGACAUGAAGGCCGACGUGACGAGGCUGCCGUCCAUGCUGUCUCGCAUCCCACCCGUCUCCGCCCGCCUGCAGAUGUCCGAGAGGAGCAUCCUCAGUCGUCUCACCAGCCGGGGCAACGAGCUGCCCCCCCAGCAGUCUUUUCCCCAGGGCUCAUUCGCCUGUUCUCAGAUGUACAGUAACAGUUUUGGAGGGGGUUUCAGAGGCCCUGGCGGCACACCCAUGGUGAACUACAGCCAGAUGCCCCUCGGCCCGUACAUCAGCGUUUCCUCCAACGGUCCGCCGCCACCCAACAGCCACCUGGACAAGAAGCCGUGCGACGCUCUGAGAGACGCGUCUCCCCCCGACCUGAAAUCCGGCAAGCCCACCGACGUCAUCUGCAUCGAAGACUAACCCUGACCGCCGGCCUCCACCCCGUUCAGGGACGAACGGGCGCCGUUUUGGGUGCGCCCUGUCCUGCAGAUGACUAGCUACCAUACAGAUAUAAACUCACCGUAUCCAUUGCACUUUCGUCUCGCGUACGCGCCGGUUAAGUUUGUUCGGUAGGCACCUGCUUUCUCGCUUUACUCCUGUGAUUAUGAAACGGUCUGUCAGCCGAGAGGACCGAGCACUGGCUGCCGGCUUCCCCAACCCACCCCACAACCUCCUCUCCCCCCCCGUGUCAUGCUUAUGGAGGACGAUCUUCUGCUCCCAUGUCUCCUGUUUUGUUGAAAACUCUCUGGCCUCUGCUUGACCCAGGCUUUGGGGUCUGGCGCAGCCUCACCCUGACUAUCUCCUGCACUAGUAUCCACUUCUGUUUGGAUGUAACGUACAAUCUUCCCCUCUUGCACCUCGAACACAUUCUUUUGCCACUGCUUGAAUGUGGUGUGCCACUGCUGCCCCCUAGAGGUUCUUUUUCUGUAGUGCAUCCCGAAGAAGAGAAAUACGGACUUGCAGUGCCACAGUGGUGAAAAGCAUAUGAGAGAAGAGUAGACACCCGAACGCUUUAGCUACGGAUUCAUGUGAUAUCUUUUGUUUGGAAUGCACUGUAUAGUGAAUUAAAGGCAUUUGCUUAGCUAAGCACUGGAAGAAUGGGUGUAAACACAUGCUGCGUGCACUAAGAAACACAGUGUUCUGUAUCAUGAAAGUUAUUUAGCCAUAUCCUGGAAUUACUGAUCCGUUAUAUACGGUCCUUGUCAGGUUUUUUGUUUUUAUUGUUCUGUUUUGCUUAACAAUAUAAAUGGAACUUUGCUUGAUGGACAUAAGUAAAUAUGAGAUCAUAAACAAGUAUCCUAACAGCCACCAACUACAGAUAGAUGUAGUUUGAAUUGUCUGUGAAACACUUUCUUUAAUAUCUGAAUGUUGAUAAUCAAGCACGGCGUAUGAUCCAAGGUGUUUAUCUCUCCGACGGCCUCUUUGCAGACGGUAUUGGGGGUCCGUGGCGUUAUAGGAGGCUGAGGGUGUGUUAUAGAGCAGAAACCAAGUGUUCUCCUUGUUUCUUCAUUGUUGAUUAUACAGAAAGAGUGAAUGUGCCGACUCCUGGCAUCUGAUUUAAGCUGGGAGCGUCUGAAUUUACGGAGAUAGCGUGUGCUGUGUAUUCCUCCGUAAGGGGGACAUUUCUGGGUUUUUUUUUUAUUUUCCCAUGAUAGCAUUACUUUUAUUCUCAUUUUGAAUGUAUCAUCGCGAUCUUUGGGCUGAAACUCGGAAGAGGCGCUUUCUCCAAAGACCAGAGUGGCGUUCUUUGACCGUUGGACUCCUUUCCGGACCUGAAAAUCUGGAACAGUAUGUUUUGCUUAUUAUAUAUAGUGCAUUUUCCCCUGUAUGUCAGUGUGUGAAGGAUAUUAACAGUCUGUAGCUGUGGGCCACUGGAUCUGUGAACAGACCUGCUUUUGCUACCAUUACCAGUACGCAAGCGGAAAAGGUUGGGUCUAAUUUUAAAAUAAUCUACUACGUGUUUUUAAUCUGUAACUUCCCGAUCAUUUCAGUGGGUCUCCAGGCACGCUGACGUACAGCCAGGUGAAACCUAAUUUAAUUACUGAUGUCCUCUGCACCUUCUGGUUCUAGUAUUUGGUAUUCAGCCAUUGUGUGGCUUUCUUUCUCUAAUGGAGGUUAAACUGUUUGUCUGGGUUUUUUUCUGUUGUGUCUUUUGCAUCCCGCCACCAGUGUAAGUGGUUGCUAACAUGCUAAACUUGAUCAUCGCACAAAGUGUAGUUGAGUACUUGAAUGGUGUUCAUAUGUGUAGACAAUGAAUGUGGGCGGGGCAGGGGAGGGGCCAUGGAGGGUAGUGGGAGGGGCGAGGGCUCAUAGUUCAGUAUUCAUACACACAAAACCUCAGAUUUUACACAUCGCAUCACGUAAGGAAAGACAGCCUCAAACCAUUAAAUAACGAUAAAUCCAAACUUUGCAGGAUGCUCAUGAAGAUGACUGUAUGUAUUUGACGAACUGGGCUUCGGUUUCUAUUAAAUAAUCAUCAUUUUUUUUCCUCUUUAAAUGUAGUGCAGAUAUUGACAUUGCGCUCUGGUUAAAAUGCAAUCAAACUGAAGCUAAUAUGAAUGUACUGAAUAUAAAACAAAGCUUCAGUCUAAUACCACUGGUGUACACUAGGCUUCAAAAGCUACCAAAAGGCUGAAGUGGUUCGCGGUGCCGCUGCUGCCGUGAGUCCCCAGCAUGCACUCGCGCGCCUCCGUGCUUCGCUUUGGUCUAGCGAGGGCUCGCUACGAGCUAGAGCAUAAAUCUAACCAGUGUUGCUGUCUUGUUUAAGAUAACGGAAUGAACAGGAGAGAGGUGAAUUGUCAUCAUUUUACUUUGUACUGAGUGUAAUUUGUUUAAUGUGUUUUAAUAAAUUCUCUCCGAUAAGAAA